AUGGAUUUGAAGAUUUCCCAAAUUAAUUGCCAUCCACGUGACAUUCUAGUGAAUUUCCAAGGAAAAUACUGCUCUGAAUGUGAAUUUGACUACCAUAUAUUGCAAAAUGAAAUACAACUUGUUUGUAAAGAACAUGUGAGUGUUAACAUUGGAGAAUUUUGCCUGGUCCAAGACAGAGAGUUUGGUACAUGGCAUCGAGGAAACGUUGUGAACAAAAUAAAUGAAAAAUAUGAAGUUUCCUUAAUAGAUAAUGGAGAUACUAUAAAAGUUGAUUCCAUUCAAGUUGCUGCUGCUUUCGGUGAAUUGUUUACACUUCCACCAAAAAUUGUUAAAGGAGUUUUCUCAAAUGUACUUCCUGUUGGAGAGACAUGGAGUUCAAAAGCAGUAAAUUAUUUCUCUUCAUUGGUUGGCCUACAAGUUAAAGGACAUGUUCAAACAUUCUUACCACGUCACACAGUUCUUUUGGAGAUACCAAAGAUUAUAAAUGAAGUUGUUUCAUUAAAUUUGGCAAAAUAUGUUGAUACAGAUUCCUUUUGUUUUUUAAUAGAGAUCUUACAGCAAUCUCCAACUAGUUACCAUUGCAAACAAAUUUCAGACUUGCUGCCUAAGAAAAUAUUGCCUAUCAAUGUUUCUUUGUGUGCAGAGGAUAAUCUUCCCCAGUUUCAAAAAGUAUUGGAUCAUCUUAAGCCACAUGUGUCUAUUGGCACAACACAAAAAGUAAAAAUAUCAUCUGCACUAAGUGAAAAACGUUUUUACUGUCGCAUUUUUUCAUGGGAAAAAGAAUUAAGUAAUUUGAUUACCGCUAUGUGCUCAUAUUACGAGACCCUUAAUGGAGACAACAACUCUGCUUUGGAUAAUUUUGGAGUGCUUUGUGCAGCAAAACGAAGAGAUGGGUUGUGGCACAGAGGGGUAAUUCAAAAGAUUAUUUCUGGUGAUGAAAUUAAAGUUUUUUUCAUUGAUUUUGGUAAUAGCGAAACUGUGUCUUCAUCGUAUAUACACAAGUUAAAAUCAGACUUUCUAUCUCUACCAAUGAUGGCAAUCCCAUGUUCAUUGUCUGCCAUGAAUAACAAUAUAGAGGGGGUUAGAAACACUCAGUUAUCACUACUUAAACAUGGUCUUUUGGGACAGAUAAUUAUCUCUCAUAUAGACACCUUUUGUAGAGAGGAGCAUCUCUUUUACGUACAACUGUACAGUCAGGCUUAUGAGCUUAGUACUGAAUGUCAUUUGACAAAUGAGCAGGUUCCAGUGUUCUCAUCAAUUGCAUAUACAAACAUUUGUGAGCGUCCAGUGGCUGAACACAAAAAUAAUAAAAUAGAGUCCAUAAGUUCAUCACUUGCAGGCAAAGAGAUGGUUUCCUUCAAAACUGUAAAAAUGGAAAUAGAUUCAGUUCAUGUAGCUUACAUUGAGUAUGCUUUGAAUCCAUCCAACUUCUGGAUUAGAACUGAUGAAUAUCAGAAGGAAUUUGUUGACAUGAUGGAGGAAAUUGCAGCAAUAUAUAAUCCCUGCAAACCUACUGAAAGGUUAAUGGAAAAUCCAAAACCGGGGGAACUUUGUUGUGCUCUAUAUGAAAAAGACAUGCAUUAUUACAGAGCAGUUAUUACGGAAGUUCAUGAUUUCGAUAUUUCUGUGUAUUUUUUUGACUUUGGAAAUACAGAAACUGUUUCAUCCUAUGGUGUUAAAAUGUUACUACCACAAUUCAGUACUUUGCCUGCGCUGGCUAUGUGCUGCAGAUUAGCUCAUGCAUGUCCUCCUGAAGAUGUAUGGGUGAAGAGUGCAAAUGAUUUUUUUAAACAAAUAACUUCUGGAAAAGCUCUUCUUUGCCAUGUUCUUGCGAAAAAUAAAUAUACAUAUAUUGUUGAUAUACGCCAUUCAGAAAAUUCAGAAAAUUCAAAUAUUGUAACACUAAUGGUGCAAGCUGGUCAUGCAGAAUACUGGGACAUCGAUCUCAAUGCCAGUUUUUCAGAUUCAGAAAAUAGCUUUCAGUUGCAAAAAAGUUGUAAGAAACUAAAAGAGAGAAAGCCAAGAUAUACAAGUUCAGAUUCUCCCAUUUGUGUUUCAAAACCUCUUGCUCCUUGUAGAAGCAAAACUACACAGUCUCCUCAGACUCUUCAUAGUGCAAAUUCAAAUUUACCUCGUCUUCAGUAUAAAGAGUAUGUGUUUAAGCCAGGAACAUCCAUGGAUGUUAUAUGCUCUUCUGUGAACUCACCAGUGGACUUUUGGUGCCAACUACUUAGCAAAGCUUCUGAGUUAAAAGAUUUGAUGGAAGAAAUCCAAAGCUACUAUUCCACAUGCAAAAAUGAAUAUAAACAUGGUCAGGAAGCUUGCAUUGCAAAGGACUUAUAUUAUGGACAGUAUUACAGGGCAUGUGUCAUUCGCAAAGUGUCCACAAAGGAAGCAGAAGUGAUUUUCGUUGACUAUGGGAACUCUAUAAAAGUUUCAUUUUCAGACCUUAGAGAAAUUCUACCAUGUUUUCUUAAGCUGGAAGGUCAAGCAUUUCGCUGUAGCUUGAGCAACUGUAUUGCCCCUUGCAACUCUAAUUCUAAAUGGACUUCUGAUGCUUGUCAGGAUUUUAAAAAAUUUGUUAAUUCUUCUGCAACUGGAAAGAUAAAAUGUACAAUCCAUGCACUAUUUAGUAUGUCUACAGAUCUUUGUAAUGCUGUAUCUUUGGAAAAGUCAUUCCAGGAUGCUUGCCAGUUUCUUGUUCAUAAAGGGUACGCUGUCUUCUCACAUUGUUCCAUACCAUCUGUUAAACUGCAUACAUAUUUUUACUCUAAUUUUGACAUUAAGAUUGGAGAUCAAGAGCAGGUGUUUGUUACCUAUAUCUAUAACAUUGGGAAAUUUUAUUGUCAGCUUGUCAAAAAUGCAAAAACUGUUGAAGCAUUAAUGAAAAGAGUUGCUGAAGUUGGCAAACAAUCAAAAUUUCAAAAUGGUGCAAGGAAGCAAAGGAUGUGUAUUGUGAAGUAUUUUGAGGAUGGUAACUUUUACAGAGCACUGGCAUGUCCUGUAGAAUCAUCAUCCUUUUUUUUAGCCUUUUUUGUAGAUUUUGGUAACAGUCAAAUGGUAUCUGACCAUGAAUUACUCCCUAUUCCAGAAGGAGCCACGGAUAUUUGGUUUGAGCCAAUGCAAGCUGUACAGUGUUACCUUCCUGAAAUUAAAGAGGCUGUUAUGACUGCAGAAGUGAAGAAAUGGUUUGAGGAAAAUUGUAUCGGUAUCCCGUUAAAUGCUACUGUAACAGAUAUUGAUUGCUAUGGGCAACUAGGCUUGGAACUAUGUAAUGGAAAUAUCAACGUAAAUAAAAAAAUUAAGGAACUUCUUGGCAUACCAUUUAAUUCAGAAAAUCCGAAACAUGUGCUGAAAACAAACAUGACGGAUAUUGAAAAAACAAAUCCAGCUAUUGAACUUGCAGAUGAAACACAGCUAUCUAAACAUGAAGAAAAUCAGACUAAUACAGUUCCAUCAGUAAAUCCAAAAGAAAUGCUGCCACCUCUUGGUGAAAGAAAAAAAAUAUCUUUUCAAAUAUCAAAGCUAGUUCCUAAACCUCAGUUGCAGAAAAAUGUUAAUCAACACACACAGAAGUGUGUUCAGAUUAAUGGUAAAUGUAACUUGGAUACAAGCAGAACAUGCAAAAAAUACCAAGACCUUCCCAAAGCAUUUAUUGCAGCAGGUUCCAAUCGCAUUGUAUAUGUUUCUCAUGUUAAUGACCCUUCUAGUUUUUACAUCCAGCUUGUGGAGAAUGAGGAAAAGAUUAUGCAACUUGCAGAGGAGCUAAAUAAAGGACCAUCUUUAUUUGAGACUUUUGCUAGAAACCAUUUCAACAAAGGGGAUUUAGUUGUAGCUCAGUAUGAAGAUGACAUGGCUUUGUAUAGGGCCAAGGUUAAAACCAUUUUAAAAGACAACUCUUAUGAGGUAGAAUUUAUUGAUUAUGGUAAUUGUGCUAACGUUAAGGCCAAAAACAUGUUUAUUCUUCCAGAUACAUUUCUGUCUAUUCCAAGAUUAUGUAUAUGGGUCUUUCUUAGUGGUGUUGAGACUUUGCAAAUUGAAAGUGAAAUUAAUAAAGAUAUGAUAUCUUAUUUUUUGGAAAAGGUUAGUGGGAAACCAAUUUGCUGUGAAUUUUUGAGCAUGCAAGGCAGUCUCUGGGGAGUCAGUCUGACAUGUAAAGGGGAAUCUAUUGCAGGUGAACUUAAUCAAAGACUUAGAAAGUCCACACACAAAAAAGCAGAAUAUCAUAUCCAGCAUCCUGUAAGUAGAAAAUUAGAUAAAAAAGAAAACUGUUCAUUUAGUUGUGUUAAAAAAUUUGAGAAUGCAAAUUUGCCUGUUGCAACCAAACCCGUAAAUCAAAUCCGUAGUCAAAAACUGCAACCUGGUCAGUUAGUAAAAGUAAAAAAUAUCUAUUUCUCUGAAUCUGGAGAGUUCUUUGUUACUUUGGCAGGAAAUUAUGUGGCCUCAAAUAGUUUAAGGCGGCUGAUUGGUAUUGCUGUUAAGAAGGUUGAUAAUAGACUUACACCUACCAAUAUUACAAAGGGAAUGAUCUGUUUAGCAAAAUCCGAGAAGAGGAAAACCUGGCUCCGGGCUUUUGUUGAAGAAAUCUUUCAAAAUAAGUUAAAAAUGUUGGUUCUAUUUAUAGACUGUGGAGCACGUGAAAUAUUAAGUAUGCACAAUGCUAAAAAAAUUGUUGGUGAUCUAAUGUGCAUUCCCAAACAAACAAUUUCCUGUAAAUGGGUCUGGUUAGAAAAAAUUGGCGAGGCAUUGUUUAAAAAAGUACUAAAUUCCCUUAUGCACAAAGAAGUAAAAAUUCUGAUUCUUCAUUUUAUGACAUCAUGCAAGAGCUGGAAAGUAGAGAUUUUAAUAAAAGACUCACUGCUUAUGGAAUACUGUGAUUUAGGAAUGGAGCAAGCUUUCAACAAUUGUGUAAUUGAAAAUGGUAACAAAGAAGAUAAUUUGUCAUUUCACAAAUAUUCUAUUAACGUUGCUUCUCUCCAAAGUCUAGAAAUGUACAGUGGUUUUGUAACUGCAGCUUAUGACCCUUCGGAUUUCUUCCUUCAGUUAGAUGACUCUAUAGAUACAAUGAACAACUUGCUAUCUUUAUUAGACGGAGUUAAUGAUGAUCUGUUACCUCUACCUGAUGAGUUCAUAAAGCCUGGUUGUAUUUGCCUUACAAAGUGCUUUAUUGACGAAGAGUGGUGUAGAUCUAGAAUUGUAAAAAUUACAAAUGACACAGUUUUGCUUAUUCUUCUGGAUUAUGGUGUGUUAAAGACCAUUUCUUCUACCGAAACGAACAGACUUAAAAUUAUUCCAAAAGACCUUGUAUUUUUACCAACUCUAACCUAUCCAUGCACAUUACAUGGAGUGAUUCCCAGCAGCGGAGUUCAAUGGUCAAAGGAAGCAACUGACUUUUUCAUAUGUUGUAUACAAAACCAUGGUUUGACAUUUCAAGUUAUAAAAUAUAAUUCCAAAAAUCAAUUGGAAGUUAAAGUAUUUGGUAAAGAUGGUCUAGCACAAAGAUUAAUUAGCAAGGGAUUUGCAGUAUCUUCAGAUAAAGCAUCAAAGGAAGCAAUUACAGAAGGAAUCACUACUGAAAUGGCUUUUGAUAAUGUGAAGCUCCUUACAAAUGGAGAAACAAAUUCUCAUAAGGUCCACAGUCAAGAGAAAUCGGAGCACACCCUUUUACUUAAUAAAAGUUUGGAUGCCUACAGCUUGUGUGUGAAUAAGAAGAUGCUCCAUAAAUCAGACUUGCAGCAGGCUACGUAUUCACAGCUUCUAAACAAUGGAAUGUCUCUAUAA